UGUUUCUCACCUUCGGAGGCAGCACCGGUCAGUUACGUGUGUGCGCAGGCGCAGUGGCACUCCACACAACCGCAAUAAGCAAACAUGGCGGCGGCCGUCGACAGUGUUGUGAAAGUUGUCCCACUUUCACAUUUCAGGCUGGGAGAGCAAUAUUACAGAGACGCCAUGGAGCAGUGUCAUAGUUACAACGCUCGUUUGUGUGCUGAGCGCAGCAUCCUAAUGCCUUUUCUGGAUUCUCAGACUGGUGUAGCCCAGUCCAACUGUUACAUCUGGAUGGAAAAGAGACACCGAAGUGCAGGUGUAGCUCCAGGACAGCUUUACACCUACCCUGCUCGACGCUGGAGGAAGAAACGGCGUUCUCAUCCCCCUGAGGACCCACGCUUGGCCUUCCCUCCUCUCAAAGCAGCGGAUUUGGAGAUAGGGUUGAAGCGUGAUACACUGGGGCCAGUGGAUGGCAGCAGUUUGGAGGCCCUGCUAAAGGGUGAGCCCAUGGACAGGAGGAGUGGAGUGUCGGACAUCCGGGGUUCCGAGGAUGACACGGCAACCGUGGAGCCUCCUGCCUCCUCUGCGACCUCCCACACUUCCUCUGGGCGUAUUCGUAAGAGAGUCUUGGACCAUGACGACUACUUGGACGACCUAGAUGAUGAAGACUUUGAGGACGAGACCCCUAAGAGACGAGGAAAGAGUAAAUCCAAGGGUCGCAGUGACAAGAACGGCAAGAAAAAACAGGAAGCAGCAGCUGCUGCGAUGGAGGAGAGAGACAAACCAUAUGCCUGCGACAUCUGUGGGAAGCGCUACAAGAACCGUCCUGGCCUGAGCUACCACUAUACACACUCUCAUCUGGCCGAGGAGGAGGGCGAGGACCGCGAGGAGAUCGAGGCACCACCCACUCCUCGCCAGCCUGAAGAGCAGAAGACAACAAAAAAGGGUCCCAAUGGGUUGGCACUGCCCAACGAUUACUGUGACUUCUGUCUGGGAGACUCCACCUUAAACCAGAAGACUGGCCAGUCAGAGGAGCUGGUGUCCUGCUCAGACUGUGGUCGCUCGGGCCACCCAACAUGUCUGCAGUUCACCCCGGUGAUGAUGGCUGCGGUGAAGACCUACCGCUGGCAGUGCAUUGAGUGCAAAUGUUGCAACGUUUGUGGCACCUCAGAGAAUGAUGAUCAGCUGCUGUUCUGUGAUGACUGUGACCGAGGCUACCACAUGUACUGUCUGAGUCCCCCCAUGACUGAACCACCAGAGGGGAGCUGGAGCUGCCACCUGUGCCUGGCCCUUCUCAAAGAUAAAGCCUCCAUAUACCAGCAGAACCAGAACAAUGUCUCGGAGUGACAUCACAGCAGCUAGUCCCGCCCCUUCUCCGUACAAAAGCACCCCACCCCAACACCCUCCUCUCCCUGAUGGGAAAGUCAGACCUCCUCUCAGUUCGGAGCUCCAGGCUCUGUCCGGAUGUAGCCAAGCCAGAUCUCAGAUCAGCUUCACAAGUCUUAAUAUAUCUACAGCAUCAGUGGGGCGAUCAGUCAACAUGGGGUUAAAAUAUCACUACCGACCUGCCUGUAAAGCCCCCCGGGCUUUCUGUCAAACACAUACACAUUAUGCACAAUAUACCUUAUAGACACACUCCUUCAACUGGACUGUUACACAUAAUAGAUGGAGAGACAGAGAGCAUGCAGUAACUAUAGUAACUGCUGUCUCCAUGGGAGCUCCCAGGAACAAAUAGAUUAGCAUCACAGCUAAUUAUCCUUUUACACUCAAAGACACCGUGCGGACUGUCAAGACAUCACAGAUUCUCCUCUGCCAAAUCAUCUAUUUUUACUCCCUGAAUGAGGAAGAAAGAAAAAAAGUGACCACCCUUAUGGUCAAAGAUUAUUAUUAUUCUUACUAUUGUUAUUGUUCUGGUUACUAGUGGACUUUUGUAGUGGCAUUCAUCUGUGUACUUUUGUCUGAUUGGAGCGUUUUGAUUCAAUGAAGUUUCCCUGAGGGGAGCCAGUCAGUGCCAAGGUCCAGCAUCACUUUCAACUAGUUUGACUGUAAAAAAAAGACCCCUGGAGUUAAUCAUAAUCUGAAUAUCAUUGUGUCGUUAUAAUCCAGUGUGACAAAGACAGACAGUUUUAAUUUUUUGCCAACAUAAAUACUUUGCCUUCGACCCAUUGAGAGGUUAGCACAGAAUAUUUGGACUUGCCACUUAUUUAAUUAAAGGUUGCACCAAAACUACCUUUCCUUUUGCUGAUGUUGUUCAAUCACCUGAACACCAACAGCUCACGUAUGAACGGUAUUCUCAUGAGACCAAAACAUUUCAGCUUACUGUCUCUUACUUUAAAAAACCCUGACUGAAUUAGUCAGAUAACACUGCUCUCUUUGGGAGAACUCUGCUGCAAGUCCCAUUUAAAAAUAGUAACCAUGACGGUGCAUCGUUUUCUCAAAGAUUUCUUGUGCAAGCUUUUUAGAAACUGUUUGGGGGUGAUAUCCAAGUUAUCGCCACGGUCAAACAGAAUCAUUCAAUGUAGCUGCUUUUUAUGAUUUGUCACUCUACGCUGGAUUUGCAUGCAGAUUGCACCAGUACGAAUGCACACUCACUCAUAUCACAUGUUUUUUUUUGUUGCUGUUGUUGUUGUCUUGUUUGGACUUUUUGUUUUUUACAUUUUAUAUUAUCUGAUAUUCCAUUGGUACUGGGAGUUUUUCUAGUAGAAUUUUGUAAAGUCUAUGGUAUUCAACACUUCCAAGUAUAUAGCUCCUGAUACAUUUUAUGUACUGUAUUGACUUUUUCUAUUUUUGUUAUGACUGUGACAUGUUUGAAUUUAUUUGAUUAUUCUGAUAUGUCAGACCUCCAUUAUGAGUAUUUGUAAAAUGAUGUACUUUGUUGUACUAUUUUUAUUUUUACAUUUCUUUGGUAUCAAAGCUGAAUUAGCCUGACUCAAAUAAAAAUCACUUGGAAUUUUGUUUCCUUUAA